ACUUCAGUGGAUCCACACGGGUCAGGAUGGGUGGGGCCUAUUUUCUUUUCCUGCCUAUGUGUGUUUUUGUUUCUGCCCGAGGAGCCCCACUGUAAGCACCUCUGAUCCUGCAUAAUGGUGUCUUAUUUUUCAACAGGCCGGAGGGAGCGAUGGUGCGACUAAAGGUUAAUCUUGGGGACAGUGAAAACAAAUGGGUGUCGACCACAGCUGAUGCGUAUCGCAGGGUUAAGACAGAGGGUGUGCGGCAUGUGCAGAAGAUUCCGACCCAGAGUUCUAUACCCAGGGGAGAUUUAGACCCACAGCGGAACCAGGCCCGAAUGAUGGCCACCACAAACAGAUUCUUCUUCUCAAAGGGAAACCACAGGGAGCUCCCCUCACAUGUGGAUGGAUCCUGCCUCAUAACCAGGAGUAAUGUGCAGUUUGGUCCGCCCAGUUUGGGAAGGAAGUCCUACAACACCUCCUCCAGCGAUGAUUACCCCAGGAAAGCGGCGGCCCGGGUCCUGCCCCACACACAACCCUCUGGGCGCGUGCUCUCUGGCCCUGAGCAUGAACCUGCCGUCACAACAGUGCAGAGAGACUACCGUCCUUCAAAUGGAAAAAGACAGGAGCUGCACCCCAGACAGUUAAAACAGGUUAAGGAGAGCCACAUCAGUCCCCCCUGUAAGGAGCACCUCUUCAGCACAACCCACAAUGAGGCCUAUACACUCGUGCCUCUCUCCAGCAAAUCACUGAUAGACACACACAGCCAUCUGUACAGCCACGUACCCAUGUAGAAACACACACACUCAAACACUGUUCUUACUUACUGUUAACUUUCAAACAAAUAAACUAAUGUUGUUGCUCUCA